ACAGGUUGCCUGGGAAACGGCCGCAUGGCAACAGGAUCAGAGCCGGGGGGUUGUCUGCUGCUAGCUCUGCUCCCGUUUCCCAUUUCCUCACUAGAUGGUGUGCAAGCCACUGGAGAGUCGACUUCCUCCCGCGGUCAGGUUCCGAUCAAAACAAAUCUGGGAAACUACACGGAACGCCGUUUCUCGGGCUUUUCGCGGAGGAUUAUUGUAUUUUCAUCCAGAUCUUUUUAUUUUUGAUAACGACGAUCCGUGCUCCAUUCGGCGGUGAUGGACAUAAUGAUUGCAGUGCAGGAUGCGUGCGUCUCCGGUCAGUGGCUCACCGCUAUAAUUCUUAGUCUUUGCUGCUUUUUACCAUCGUGUUUGCCCGCUGGACAAACUGUGGACUAUGCGUCCAGCGAGAGCGUGGUCAGCAGACAGGGAGACACCGCGCUGCUCAGAUGCUACCUGUUGGAUGGGAUCUCAAAAGGAGCAUGGUUGAAUCGUUCCAGUAUCAUUUACGCAGGGAAUGACAAGUGGUCAGGGGAUCCUCGCGUGUCCAUCGUAUCAAAUGUGGGGGAUAAACAUGAAUACAGCUUACAGAUACAGAAAGUGGAUGUAACGGACGAGGGCUUGUACACCUGCUCGAUACAAAGUGAACGCAAUCUACGCCCAAAACUCAUCCAGUUAAUUGUAAAAGUUCCUCCCAAAAUCUAUGACAUUUCUUCGGACAUUACUGUAAACGAAGGCAGCAAUGUUUCACUCAUCUGCUCAGCCAGUGGAAAACCAGAGCCCAAAAUCUCCUGGAGACACAUCUCCCCAUCAGCCAGGAAGUACGAAAGCGGGGAGUAUUUAAAUAUCACAGGCAUCACUCGGGAUCAAGCAGGGGACUAUGAGUGCGGCGCCGAAAAUGACAUUGCUUCGCCCGACACCAAGACCGUCAGAGUAACAGUCAACUUUCCUCCAGCAAUCCAUGAGAUGAGAAGUCACGGGGUCCGACCCGGUCAGAUUGCCCUGCUGAGAUGUGAGGCAGCAGCUGUCCCCUCUCCGGUCUUUGAGUGGUACAAGGGAGAGAAAAGGAUUAACAUGGGCCAAGGAAUAGACAUCAAGAACCUCAGCUCCAGAUCAGUUCUCACAGUGAAGAACAUGACACAGGAUCGCUAUGGCAACUACACCUGUGUGGCCGUCAACAGGUUGGGAACAGCCAACGCCAGUGUGCCUCUGAUUCCAAUUAUUGAGCCCACAACAACUAGUGCUGUCUCAAGUCCAGGAGGGUUGGAUUAUGUGUAUUCAGAAAGAAGCAAUACAUACGCACCCAACACCGCUCCGUAUGGAAGUACAGGAGGCGCUGAAGUCCUGCUGGCCUGCCGGUACCUGAUCCUGGCUCUCUCUUCUCUCGUCAGCGUUUACUAGCCCUGGGGACGGCCAUACACAAUGACUGUAAAGAACCCUUUUGAGCAUUUACAGAUCCUUUGACAUUGCUGAUGGCUGGAUCCAAUCUGGUACAGUGUGUUUGGAAAGCAGCGAGGGAUUUUAAUCAGCAUUGCUUAUGUUGGGAUGGUAAUUUUCUUCUGUGGUGUUUGUCAUCAUGUAAAUACAUAUGGUUUUAGGGGGUUGGUUUUCUUUCUCUUGUCUUAUUUUCUAUUCUUUUCUUAUUUUGUUUUCCUGAUUUCCCACUUUGUGAAUCAGCACACAUUGUCCCCUUCGAACGCUCACAAAUUAGCCGAAAUCACGCUUUAGAAAAGUGAGGGUGUGUGAUGUUAGUGUCUUUGUUAUUGAAAAAGGAAAGACGCCCUAGUGUGCCACCUUGCUCUCAGUGCCGGUACAUCAUUCACAUACCCACAAAGUGUUUAAAUAGUACCGAGCUCAUUUAAAUCCACUGAACCAAGAAACACUGUUUAGGAUUUCACAAAGGGAGAGAUAUUGAAAUUGAUAUCAAACGUAAUACAGUCCAAGGCGAAGUUAACAGUUGAAGAGCAGCUUUAGUUUAAUACAGGAAUGCAUGUGGUUUUUCCACUAACGGUGAAAUAUGAUUAUUCAUUUUCUAGACCAAAACUACAGCCAUACCUCAACGGUUUAGACCUCUGGACUAUAGACCCCAGUUGCAUUUAACUGAAUUAUGCAGUUUAUGAUCAUAAACCUUUCUAGUUAUUCUGAAAAUACAUGAAUUGGUUGUUUAACCGCAGGACAAAAAAAAACGAGAGAUUUCACUGGAGAUAUAAAUACGUAAAAGUAUGAGAUAAAUUUGCCUCUUGUAAAACUAUUUGUGAGGCUAAUUGUAAAAUUAAAAUGAGCCUCAUGCAGUGGUCAAAAGGUUAUAAAACAGCAAGGCAGAGUUACAGAGCUGUCCUUUCCGCCUUGGAGGUCUUUAAAAUGAGAGCGAAAAAGGAAUGGAGAAAAUGCCUGUGUUGCAUUUGAUGUUAUAUUGAAUAAGAUAUCAAAUAAAAAUAGCACAGAAAAGACAUUCUUUAGUUGGCAGCAUGCACAAUAAUGGAACAGGCCAAUCCAAAGUAAAAGUGGAUGAAAAGUGGGUCAUAUUUGAUGUGCACUUUGAUUAAAUGAGGAUAUUACGAACAGUGUCUAAUGGAACUUAUCUGACGAUCAUUCAAAUCAUUAUUGGCUUUUCUUUCUUUAAUUUUAUGGAGUAUGUUUUAUGGUUGUAAUCAUUUGAACAGGAUUUUUAUAAUGUAUUAACAUAUUACCUGCUUUGCUUCUGUCAGUGUGAAAUAGUUUUGAAUAGGGAAGCAGAAAAAAAAAGAAUAUGCACUUCCCUUGUGGGGACAAUAUGAAACUUUCAAGUGUGGAUCCAAACAUGUGAAUGAAUAUUAUUUCAAAAUACGUAUGCAGUAUGGCAUAGUUUACAAUGUUGUCUUUCAUUUUAGAUGCCACAACUGUUGUUGAUUCUUGUCAAACGAGUAGAAGUUGGAAAAAAGAACCGUUUGUAAUCAAAUAAUCUACUUUUAACUCAGAGGGUGUGAACCAGUCAUACGGUAUAAUAGAAAACGAGUCACGUGUGUGUAUAUUCGAAGAAAGUAGAAUUCAUUUUAUCUUAUUGGUAGAGCCAGUGUCUAGGUUUAGUUUAACCUCUACCCUAGUUCCCACACACUUGUUGUAUACUAAGAUGUGCAGAAAUUAUAAAUGUGCUGCAUGUCAAAUUAAUAUGUAUGUUAAGGUGGCCACUUACCAUAAAUCGAUAAUUUGAGAACAAAACCAGUUUCGAGGCUGCUUUGACUUAAUGAAAUGUGUUCCACACUACUGAACAUGUCUGUUGAGCUAUGAUGAAGUGUUCUUUUCAUGUAAAAGUCAUCACAGAAUCGUUUCCGCUCAGUGUGCAAUACUGGGUCCUUUCCUAUGGACUGUACUUAGGCUAUUUGGUUAACGUGUGAUGAAUUGACAUUCUUUUUGUAUAUUAUUUCUUGCACAAAGUACAUUUUUCAAUGACAGGAAGUGUCGGAAUAGUUCACUUACAACAGAUAUAUUCUGAUGAAGAAUCGGCCACAGAAUCGUAUAGGUCUCACCUAUAUGUCCCUUUGUUUAUUACAGACCUGAAAGCCUCAAAGAUCAAACCGAGGGAUGUUUAAAUAUUCAUCACUGUGAAGGCCUGGCUCUCGCCGUUGUGAUGUAAAAAGUAACAUUGCACUUGCUUAUCAUUACCACAAUCUUCCAUAACCGCAGAUUAACUUCGGUAGUUUUGACAGUUACAGUAAAUACGCUGCAUUUCAACAUUCUGAGUCCACUCUAGAAGCAAGUACUGUAUAAAAUGUGCCUUUAAAAGUAUUAAUUGAUAUGAUCUGUUGCCAUUCCAUGUCAAAUGCCAUGUCUAAGCCUCAUGCAUUUGCCAUUCAUAGCUAGCAUACCAGACGAAUCAGUGUUGCGUAGUAUUUCUGGCUUCUCUCAGUCCAAACUAAUUUUUUAAAAACGUCUGCCAAUUUUGAGUUUUGUAAAGGUAAAAUAUAAAAUAUUGUGAAUGAAUUCUUAACAAAAAGCUCAUUAAAGCAUCAUUAAAACUGCGUAAGUGGAUAUCAAGAUAAGAAACAACAGCAGACAAGAGCAUUCAUGCAUGCAUAAUUCUCCUGAAAGUUACAGCCUUUCAAAAGAGUCGGUAAAUAACAAGCAAAUGUGCUGCAAAUUUUCAGUCUGAGCAUCUAAUGACUUGAUAAUCACAUUCCUGGACAUGCAUUAAUAUUCAAUGACGAGUUUCGAAACUUCUCACGUCAGCCAAGCGACAGAUACACAGAACUUGCGUGGUGCCAGUGGUCACGAAAACCCGUAAGACAGGUGCUAUUUUCGAAUGGGUUCGAAUUACUGCGAGCAGCACAGUAUGUUGUGGCCCGAGGAGACCCCUUGGGUUCCAACACCUUCCCGGAGUCCUCGUCGCAUGGUAUGAGGUAGCAAUUUUAGUACUUUUUUUUUUUUUCUCAAAAUCCUAUGAGCACAUAUCGGUACGAAAAAGUCUUCGGUGGAUGUGUAACCACACGUGUACGGUCCAAAAAAGCCAAACAUUUAAGAUGCUUCAUCUCCUAUCUCGAGCAAAGCUGCUGGCGAGACAGAAUGAGGGUAGGAGGCGGUAUUUCAAUGAUUAAAAACCUGUCAGCUCCAUCUCUGUCUUGGCCAGACUCUUUUGAAAGUCGGUUUGAGAGUGCUGUGUGUGCGGCCAGGGGAGGUGAUUCUUCUGACCUGGCAGUUAAUAAAAUUCUUCCUGUGCCUUUGUCAGUUUCUGGAGGAUGAUUUUUGUGGAGUGCUGGAGGGUGCUGCAUUAACCAGCUGUGAGCGCUCACUCUCUCAGCAGCACUCUGGCAGGGCUGACAGUAAUCUACAUAAACCUCUGUCCUUUUCAAAACGCUUGCCAGUAAUUGCAGUUUUGCAGUAUUCUAAUUGACUCCACGGAGCACCGCAAAGAACAAAAACCUAUAAUCCUUCGCGAAGCCCAUUCGGUUUGCGGCUAUUGUGUUAAACCUUCGAAUGAUACGAAAUUGAUGACAAACGAAGCGGCCGCCAUGACUGUACUUAGCCGGUAGAAACAUUCAUUGGCAAAAUAUUUGUCUGGAUAAUAAAGUAGCUGCCAAAAUGAGAAUGAGUGAAUUCUAAAGCUUUUUUGUUGUGUUUGUCGGCCCCCUCGCUCAUUAUUUUCACUGAGCUGGAAAAUAAGUUAGCCAUGCACUGAUGCAGUGGUUUUGAUAAUGCUACGGUUUCGCGGAGCUCUGUUUAAAACCGCCGAUUGUGUCUCAUCAGGAGAAAUGUUUUACGUGAAAAGCAAGGGAUCAAUUUAGGGUUUAAGAAAAACACACCUUUCUCUUUUAUUCACUGUUAUGUCUCAUUAGAUGUCGGUUGGCCUGGUAAUUGUUGCUAGCUGUUUUGAAUGGCAUGGGCUAUUUGUGUUGGCAGCGUUCAUAUCUUAAGCAGUUAUUUUGUGAAGUGGAAUAAGUCCACCAGUGAAACCACCCGUCUGCUACUGAGUAAUUGAGCACAGAGGACACCCGCCAGAACAAUCCAAAUUUACACAAAUGCUUUUGGGGAACAUUUGGUGAGCUUUGGUUACUUUUGUAUAUACAUGUUUGUUUGAUUUCAGUACCUUUUAUUUAGUUUUGUUCAAUUUGGUGACUAAGUAAAAUGGACAUUGUAACCAUAUUGGGAUGGCUGUACUUUUAUUUCCUCAACUCUUGAAUCUGAAAUUUCUGUGAUGAGAAAUUUGAAAUGGUCAUCUUUACUUACAUGUGUAUGGAGAUACUUUAGCCACCAGGGAUAUAGUUGUAUAUUUUAGGCUCUAGAUCACUGGAAUGACAUAUAUGGCUUUAAGUGGCAUUGAUAUAUAUUGAUAUUGUCAAGAAAAAAAAAGAAUCAUAUACUUUAAUUACUUUAAAGCUUACAUUGUGUAUAGCACGUAUGCAAGUUCAUUUUCAUCAUGUUUGAUGUAAUUUUGUAGCAGUGGUUUGAUACUAAUAAAGUUGGAAGUUGGUGAUGGAACUGUGAAA